AUGACUCCUGUUGAUUUUAUGAACCUAUAUCGUGAAGCUUGGAAUGAUGAACCAACUCUACGUCCUAGCAUAAACAACAUUGCUGAUAGGCUAGAGAAUGUGCAAAUGGUCCCAGUUUAUCGUAAUGAAGAUAAUCAAGACCAAUAUAAUGAUAUAGACAUAUCUAUUAAUACAAAUAACAAGAUAUCAUGUGUGCGAUACAUGUGUCAUAAUUUAUCUCCUUUUUUAAAAAUUAAUGAUAUCUCAUCAGAAUUGGGAGUUAUUCGUCGUAAUAUUUAA